AUGUCUCUGUUUUCUUUAUUCAUUUUCUUGUUAAGAAAUUUUUUUAUUGUGAAUGGUUGUCCUACACAACUUUUUAAUAACUCAAGCUUAAUAUGCACAAGAUGUUUGUGGGCGAAGAUCAUCAAGAACUCAGCUAUGCAUCCGACAAUGCAAGAUGGCUGUUCAUUUCACUACAGUCUAUUAUUAAGUUCAUCAUGUCACUCACUGUCAGAAGAUUUCCAUUCCUUACUUGUGUUCACGUUAACAGUUAAAACUAACUAUCGUUACUAA